AUGAGAUUUUUUUUUCCAUUUUACUUUUUUUUUUUCCUUCACUACGUUUUGAAGAAAUAGAGUUUUAACCUUUUCUCUUUUAAAUUCUAACCUAGAAGUGUAGUGAAUAGUCUUUGAAAGAAUAGCUACCCCAUAAAUGUAUGGUAAGCCAGUUGGUGUUGGCAUGUUAUACGGGUUAUGUCACUUAGUUUUCACAGCAGCUUCCAGAUCCUGUUCAUGAUUUUCACUUUAUAGAUGAAAUCUUGGACUCAGAAAAGAUACUUUAUUCCCAAAUCAAAUACAUAGCCAAUAAGUACAAGAGUUGGGGUUCACUUACAAGUCUUUCCGGAUCCAAAGUCUCUGCCCUUUACCCUCACUAGAAACAGUUCUUAUGCACAGUCCUCACCUAAUCCCGAAAUCAAACCAGUCUUCACUUUCCAGACUCCAUAUACAUUGGCCAAGAAAAAAGUAUUUGUGAAGAGAUACAAUAUGAAGGGAUGCUCAAAGGAAAGUUGAAAUUGAGAGGACUAAUAAAACAAUUCACCUGCAUCAUUAGAUUUCUUUUUAUUCUUAUUUAAUGUGCUUAUGUUAGAAACUACCUCCAGAAUUUAGUUUAGAAACAUUCUUUUGGAAAUUGCCAAUCUAUCACUUGUGAAUUCUAUAGCUUAGUUUUAAUAUCCAUUCUUAUUUGUUUCCUCCUGAUUGAUCAGGAUGCCAUUUGUUUCUGUUUUCCAUUUUCUGAGUCUUUCGAAGUAUCGUAUGAUUUCUCUGAUCCAGAUUCUGUGCUCUGAGUUCACAACCAAGAAAUCAUUUUUACAAGAGAAAUAAAGCCAUAUGAAUUAUGAGAUCAGCAUUGAAUGAGUGCAUAUAGUUAAGUGUUUUUAAGUGUAGUUUGCCAGUGUAGUUGUGCCAACUUGACACAAGUUGGGGAGGGUGGAUUUAAAUUAAGCUGGACAAUUUAGAUUGAAUGUUGUUAGGAAAAUAAAUUUUUUUAGGUACUCGGGAGAAUUUUCAUAGAAGACAUGCAAUCUCAGGAACUAUUGUUGACAAAGAGGAAUUCUGAGCCUAUAAGAAAGGGAAAGGGAAAUCUCUAUCCUGAAGAGUGCUCAGAGAUGGCAUCUCACUUCUCUGGAAGAUCCAAAAGCGAGGCCAGAGAAUAGUGGAGAAUGAGGGAAGCGAAGAAGGAUAUGGAAAUUGAGGGUUCCUAUCUAUCGAGUUCAGUGUAGUUGGUUAUCAUCAAGGCCUCUGAGGGAGAGAUGCCCUGAUCAAAACAACAUUUAGGGAAAAUGCAGGUGUCAGUGUUGUGGCGCAUUUGGGAGAGGGUGCUCACUGAGCUGGAACUCUGGCAUCUGGUGAGAAGAUGCCUGCGAUAGUUGAAAGUGGACCAGUGCUAGCACCAGAGUGGAGGCUGUAGGAAUGAAAAGAAAACGAUAAAUUUAGAAGUGGUUACUGAGUCUGGGACUAGAGCAUUUUGAGACAAUGGCCAUAAGAAUUGACAAUAAUAGGAAUAAAUAGCUUUGUCAUUAUGUUGAGUUGACAUCAAGUUGUUGAUUUUAUGGAAAAUUUUCAAUAUACCUCUUCCAGAAUUGGACAGAUGGAAGACUGUUUUCAGAUCUUUCAAGUUUCUCAGUAGCCCAGCAUUCAGAUCUUAGCUCAUAGUGUUCCACUCUGUUUCAUGUUUGAGAACUGAGAGAAAUUGAAAAAGUAAAAUAAGCAUUGUUUGUUGUCCUAAGGGUGUAAAGUGAUAGAGACUUUCAUUAUAGAAAACUCUAAAAGAUAGAACGUGACAUUAGCGACGUACCAAUUUAUUUUGAUCUCCAUUUUGCAUAUAAUACAUAAUUAACUUAUACAACUUUCUUUGUACUCCUAAGAAAUGCCAUAGUACUCUGGCUUCCAGUUUGUGGCUUCCUAGAUUAUACACAUAUAAUGGAUUUCAAAGGACCAGUUUAUGCAAGAAAAAUCUCGUUGGGAAGUCCUCCAACAAGAGCAACGGCUAAUGGAAGAGAAAAAUAAACGUAAGAAAGCUCUUUUGGCUAAAGCUAUUGCAGAAAGAUCUAAAAGAACUCAAGCAGAGGCCUUGAAACUAAAGCGGAUUCAAAAAGAGUUACAGGCUCUAGAUGACAUGGUGUCAGCUGACAUUGGAAUCCUUAGAAACCGGAUUGAUCAGGCCAGCCUCGAGUAUUCAUAUGCUCGGAAGCGCUUUGACAGGGCCGAAGCAGAGUAUGUUACAGCAAAGCUAGAUCUGCAGCGCAAGACUGAGAUUAAAGAGCAACUCACUGAACACCUCUGUACAAUUAUACAACAGAAUGAACUCCGCAAGGCCAAGAAGUUGGAGGAAUUGAUGCACCAACUGGAUGUACAAGCUGAUGAGGAGACUUUGGAGCUUGAGGUGGAAGUGGAGAGAUUGCUGCAUGAACAAGAAGCUGAAGCAGGGAAACAAAUUGUUCAUUUGGAGAGGCCAUUUCAGCCUUCUGCAGAGUGUGUUGCAUCAGGAUUUGCCAAAGAGAACAAAAAUCCUCAAGAACACACCACUUCCCUAAAGGUAGAUGAACAGUGUGAAAAUCCUAAUAGCAAUCCCCUUCUAAAUCAAAGUCAAGAAGUCAAAACUACUGUAAAGGCCAUUUCAGCUGCUCUGACCACAUGAAGUGUGUGUUUGUUCCUUUCAGCUAGCGUGGUAUUCAGUAAACUUCUGUUGUAGAUUAUGUUGUGAGCUCGGAUAAGUGUGUCUUUAAGAUGGUGUUCAUUUUUGAAUCCCUGGUUAGUUUUGGUAUAACAUGUUUGCCAUUCUAAACCCUCAAAUUAUGAUAAUUUUAUAUGUAGGCACAGUUCACCUUGAUCUAGGGCCAUUUUCCUUAGUAUACCCUGAUUACCAGGUGAAAACAAAUGACCUAAAAAGAUGGAAGAAAAACUACAUGGCUAAGAGUGUUAGACCAGGUAAAUAUAGAAAAGUAACAUGGAAAAUAAUACUCAACACCUCGUCAAACUUACAUGAUUUCUCCUAGGAGAGCUGUUGAUGAUGAGAGACCUAUUUUAUGUAGUUAGCAAAGAAACACAAAAAUUAAAUGUGAAAAAGAGAAGGAAAAAAAAUAACAAAAACAGCAUGUUAAAUUCUUUUGGAUCCUACUAGAGCUGCAAAACACAACUUGGAAGUUGCAGUUUACAAAAGACAGCUUAAGUUACAUUUUUGUCUUCAGUUUGCCUUUUAAAUGGCUUUAAUUUACAACCUGAGUUUCGGUUAGUUGAUAUACACAAAUAUACCACUAAUACAUGUAAUCUUGCUGUUAAUAUAUCAUUUUUUUAAUCAGCACAUUAAAUUUAGACAAUGAAAACACUUCUACAAUGAAGUUGAUAAUACAGAAAAAUCUAUCAAUACUUUUGAUAUCAGAAAAAAUUGAUAUGUUUCUUUCUAAAGCUAUCUGUAAAUAUGUGUUGUUGGAUAUAAAUUAUCCUGUCAUAAAGCAUUUAAAUUGUUAAACUGGUGAUUUUUCUUAGUAUUUUAAUAGUUUUUAAUUAUUAUUACUAGUACUUGACCACCACAUUGUGUUAUAUGUGAAUGUGUAAAUAAAUAAUGUUGAUUUGUCACAGCAUCUGUGACUUUCACAUUAAAUUGUGAUCGAUUUAUCAGAAAUUCUGGAAAGUACAAAUAAUACAUUUAAGUCUUGAAAAAAGAACUAUUAUAAAAAGAGUAAGGACAAAUGUAAUAUUGUAUUUAUAAUAAUGCUGAGAAAGUUGGGGACAUCCUAUUUUUUAAAUGAGUUUGAGGACAUUUUAGCAGUGUGGAUGAGCUGUGUAUUUUUGUAUUACAUAAUUUGAGUUGAAAUUAUAGCUUUCCAUUACUGACUUAUCUAAACAGGCAUUUAUAUAAAUAGUUGUAUUUUUAUUUAUUAAUGAUAUUCAUCAAAACUGAAAGCAUCAUUGUCCAAUACACUUAUUUUUCUAAGGAAUAAACGAGUCUGAUAAUCUAGGAUGUGGUUGUUUGUUGACUCUUAAAAAAGUCUCAAGCACUUCAGUAUGUAUUCCUACACGCUACAUAGCAGUCAUGCAUCCCAUAUCUCCAUGUAGUAAAUGCAGUCCUCUGCUUUUGUGUGAGCCUCUGUUAAGGGAGAUUCUUCAGUGAAUGAGGUUCCGUAAGAUCGGCUACAUACAAGGAGCUACAAUCUCAUUCUCGGUGGAAGUAUUUAUAAGGUAUAUGGAGAAAGGAGAACCAUGAAAUAAGUGAAUUGGUAGGGACCUCAGAGAUCAUCUGAUUUUAUCUUCUUACUCUACAGAAGAGUAAUUUGAGAGCCAGAGAUUUCACUUACGACAUGUUGGCCAACUGGCUUAUCUUAGACUUAAAGUGCUAG